AUGUAGAACUUGCAGAUAGAAUAAAGCAUAAGCACUUAAAAAAAUAUAGAAAUAGAAAAUUAAAGCAACCAUUAAGAAUGGGAGCAUAUUGAGAAUCAAGAUUAGUAAUUAAAAGAAUUUCACCAGCUAGAAGCUGCAAAAAUAAGCUAAGACAAAACAAAUGUUUUAGAAAUCAAUAAAAAUAUAUUUGACUAAGAUCUAGAUGAAAGUAUUGGAUAAUUAAUUUAAGAAUAAAUGUUAGACAGCAAUACGAUCUAAAAAAAUGAGUACUUCAACUAAUCUCAUCAUGAUAUAAAUUUAUUUUAUUAAGAAAUGCAAUUUAGAUCAAUACAAAACUUGCAUUUAACUCAUAGUUUUGCAGAUAAAUUUUAAAUAAAAUAGCAUUUGUAUAAAUCAUAAUCAGUUGACUGUAAUAUGGAAAGCUUUAAUCAGAAUUAAAAAUAGAAAAAGUUUUAGAUUUAAGACUAAGAGACUUUUUCAAACUCCUAAUGUCUGCCAUUUUAGCAUGAAUACUCAGAUUCUUUCAAAAAGUUGUACUUAAUUUAUGAACAAAAAAAGGAUGUGAAGAAAGUAGAAUAAAAUUAAUAAAAAAUACAAUUAAUCGAUGAAGAAAACAUAAACUAUUUUUUAAUAAAGUCUCAAAAUUAAAGUAUGAAAGAUGUUGAAAAAUAAAACUUGAGUUUAUAAAUUCAAUAAAAUAGCAUAGAUUUGGAAAGAGAAUGCCAUGAAAUAUAAAAAAAUAGCUAAGAUAAUUUUAAAGAAGGUUAGUAGAAUUAAAGUACAACUGAAAAGGGCUUACAAAUUUCUUAUAACAUAAAUAUUGUUCCAGCAAAUAUAAAUAUUGAUGAGAAUUAAGAUAAAAUGUAGCAGUCACAAAGUAAUUCCAUUCAAGACAAAUAAGAAUAGUAAUAUGUCAUAUAAGUAUCAUAAUCUAAUCAAUAAGAUACAAGUAACACUAAGAAUGCUGGAAGGUAAAGUCUUAUUGUUUAGACAAUUCUAAAAAAUAACGCUUUCAACCAAGCAAAUUUAUUAAAUGCAAACGAAAAUUAAGGUUCUUUAAAUUAAUUUGGAAAAUCAUUUGCAAAACUCUCAAUUGACUUAGGAAUAUAAAAAUCUAUUGAUAUUCCAAGCUAAGUGCUUUCUUCAUCAUAUUUAUAGGGGAGUGAUGUUUUCAAGACAGAGUCCUAAAUAAGUCUGCACAAAUAGACUUUAAAAAUGAUUGAAAAAAUAAAAAUUUUUAAUAAAUCAGCAAAGCUAGAUUUAAAAGAUCCAGAAAUCAGUGAUAUUGCAAUUUAGAUUUUACAAAAAAACGGUAAAAUCGCUCACGAAAUCAAAUUUCUUCAGAAGUGCAUAGAAGGAAUGCCUCUAUUCUAAAAGCACUAAGGUCUUUUUGAAAAAGCUAACACUUCAUUUCAUCUCUUCUCCCAAAUAAAACAUGUCAAAUAUUCAAAGAAUCAUGUCAUUUUUAACUUUGGAGAAUACGGGUAUCAUUACUAUAUUGUCCUUAAAGGUUCUGUUUCAUGCUUAAUUCCAUAAAAUUAAUACAAAGAUGAACUUAUUUAAAAAUAAAAGAAAAUUGAAUUUAUGCAGCAAAGGAUUCAGAAAUUAAAAAAUAAAUAGCCUCAAAAUGAAAAGGAAGAAAAUGCCCCUUAGUUUAUAGAUAUUGUAAUGUAAGCAUUUAAGUAAAAAUAGGAAAGUGAUUAUCUUUCUCUCUUAAAGUCUUAGGGUAAACCCGUACCUAAUAUUUCUCUUUCUAAAAGAAGGAAUUUUAAACCAUAAUAAGCUCAAGAUUAAAACUUAACACCAGAAGUUUUAAAAUAAAAUUAGCUUUUCAACUAGUUUCUUUAAAAGAAAGGAAUGAAUAAACAAAUAGAAGUUGUUGAAAAGUCUUCAUUUUUAAGAAGGAAAUCUAAAAUUGAAAUCGAUACUAGCAAAAGAAAAUCAAGACUAGAAGAUGAAAUAAAUAAAACUAAACAUAAAUCACCAUAACUAAACUCACAAUUUUUAACUGUUCAGUAAUAAAAUGAAUCACCUACAGAAAAAGAUAAAUUAUAAAAUAAAAUAGAUCAAGCAGAUGAAAAAAAGGAGGAAAAUUAAUCAAAGUAAAUAUUUUUAAAUUAUUUUUAAUUAAAAUAAAAUUAAAUUAGUAAUCAGACAACAGAAUCUUAAAAAUAAACUUUCUAAGAGUAUCUUUAGAAGGAAUUUUCUUAAUUCUUUCCAGUUAAGACUUUUAUAGCUGGAGAAUCAUUUGGAGAAAUAGCUUUAAUGACAAAGGAAAGAAGGUAUUUGCUAACUUUCAAAAAAAAAAUAUAUAAUUAUUGUUUUAUAUAGAACAGCUACAAUGGUUUGUCAAGAAGAGACUCAUUUAAUGGUUUUGAGCAAAGAAGGAUUUGA